AUGCUGUUGUUGCUGCUCUUCAUUCCUCAUGUUUUAGCUGAUCCGGGCUUUUCCCGAGAAUGGCGGCCUCCAUCUCAAGCGCAAGUGAUUGGAGUCGGAACAGCCAACCACACGUCACCAUCAGGGGCCUACAGCUACGGAGGGGCUUCCAGCUGGGCCGGAGGCUAUGGCAAACCUUCCCCGGGCUCCACCUCCAGUGCUCAAGCCUCAGCGACCGCAGGAGGAAUGACCUACAGCUCGGGGUCAUCAGCCUCAGGGGCUAGUGCUCAGUCAUCAUCAUCAGGAGGAUCAGGAGAAACAGCAUCUGCAAACGCUUCAGCGAACUCAGGAGGAUAUUACGGAUACUACGGGAACCAAUCAGCACCUUCCAACGCUGGAGGCUCGAGUGGAUAUUAUACAGGAUCUUCAGGAGCGGCUGGCACUCCAGGGACGUCCCCAGCACAAACAUCAUCAAAGCCGACCGGAUACUACUCAUACUGGUACAGUCCGAAUGGUACUUCAGGGUAUAACUACCCAUACUACUACUAUCAUAACCGACCAGCUCCAACAUCAAGCAGCAAUGUGGGAGCAAACAACACCACAACUGGUUGUUACUCAGGCAACUACAAUAGACCAGGAUGUGAAAACAGGCCUUCAGGUUGGGCUGGCUAUUAUAAUGGAAGCUAUUAUUACAGACCCACCACUCCGCCCAGCGUUGGAAGUGAGUCUUCAGCAUCGACCUCGGGAGGAAACUACGAGUACAGACCACAAACUUCUUCAACGGAAGCUCCUCCAAGUACGACCGGAUAUUCGCAAGGAUCCUCUUCGACUGGAAGUGGUAGUGCUCCUUGGUGGCUCAACGGUGUAUUUGCAUCAGCUGUAUCCGGCUCGGCUGCCACUAGCAGUAGCUCGUCUGUAUCCUCGAGUAGCUCUUCUUCUGGAAAUGAGGCAGAACUGGGAUCUGGAUAUUCUUCCGGUUUUCAAACACAAUCUGGAUCUUCUGUCGGAGGUUCGUCAACCGGUUCCCAUACCGGACCAUGGAUAGAAUAUAAACCAGGAUCUUCAACUUCGUCUGGUACCACAAGUGGUUCUAGUAGUUAUUCAGGUAGCUUUGGUAAUUUUGGAAGUAAUUCGAAUUCGAAUACGAACACGAAUAAUAACGUAGGCGUAUCGAAUAACAACGAGGAAGGAUCGAAUAAUUCGGCUAACCUUGGAAACAACUCAGGUGGCUUUGGCAGUGCAGGAGGAUUCAACGGUGGUGUUAGUAGUUCUGGUGGCAACACAGGAGGUUAUAGUGGUUCAGGGGGCUUCAAUGGUGGCUCAAGUAGUUCUGGUGGUAAUACAGGAAGUUAUAGUGGUUCAGGAAAUGUUGGUGGUAGUACAGGUAGUUCGGGAAGUCUUGGUGGUAGUUCAGGUAGCUCAGGGAAUUUUGGUGGUUCAGGGGGAUUCAGUGGUGUUUCAAGUAGUUCUGGUGGUAAUACAGGAGGUUAUAGCGGUUUAGGAAAUGUUGGUGGUAGUCCAGGUAGUUCGGGAAGUCUUAGUGGUAGUUCAGGGACUUUUGGUGGUUCGGGGGGAUUCAGUGGUGGCUCAAGUAGUUCUGGUGGUAAUACAGGCAGUUACAGUGGUUCAGGAAGUGUUGGUGGUAGUUCUGGUGGUUCGGGAGGUCUUGGUGGUAGUUCAGGUAGCUCAGGGACUUUUGGUGGUUCAGGGGGAUUCAGUGGUGGCUCAAGUAGUUCUGGGGCUUAUACAGGAAGUUAUAGUGGUUCAGGAAGUGUUGGUGGUAGUUCUGGUGGUUCGGGAGGUUUUGGUGGUAGUUCAGGUAGCUCAGGGACUUUUGGUGGCUCAGGGGAAUUCAGUGGUGGCUCAAGUAGUUCUGGUGGUAAUACAGGCAGUUAUAGUGGUUCAGGAAGUGUUGGUAGUAGCUCAGGUUAUUCAGGUAGCUCCGUUAACUCAGGAAGCUCUGGAGGUGGUAGCUCAAGUAUUAGUGGUGGGUAUUUGGGUAACUACGGUGGCUACUCUGGUAAUCAGGGUUCCACGAGUACAGGCACAGCUUCAGGACAAACGAGUGUUGAUUCGUCAAGUGGUAAUGGAGGAGGUUGCAACGGGUUGAAUUCAAUGACUUCAAGCUGGACCUCUAUAGGAUACGGAAAUGGGACUGAAUCCUACUAUAGUUCCAUCAGUACGUCAGGACCUCCUCGAAAUCCCAGUGUGGUGAUAGCCAUUCACGCUCCGUGGUGGCUGUACGGAGGAUUCUUUGGUACAGCGUUCGCCUCUUCAAUUUCCCCAGUGGGUUUAUCUCCAGGGGCACAAAGUGGUUCUAGUGUUUCGAACAAUGGAUAUUCUGGCUCUGACCCUCCUGCUAUAGCUUUUCCUGGAGACUCAGACAGCAUCGGAGCGACUAACUACACGGGAUACCACGGGGGCAGCGACUAUCAGUCUGGGACAGACGCUGGGGAAGGACCUCCAGCUGAUCCUGAUUCGCAAACCUUCACAAAUACUGGAUCAGAGAGUGAUCUUUACCCACAAUUGAUACCUCACAAGCCUCCCAACUACCAGCCGGGAACCCCUCAUGCAGUUUACGGAGUGCCAACGAUUGGGACAAACUUGGGAUUCUCUCCUCAACAAAGUAACCCCACUUAUACAUCCGUAAAGCAAUGGGGCUCCAACUUCUACGUUCAACAAUACCAUCGAUCGCCAGAGAAAAACUACCAAUAUCCGCAUUCCCUGACGAAAACUGAAUAUUGGGGCGGAACACCCGGCUCCAGAACUGUAGCCGCUGAUCAUACAAAGCUAACACCUGCAGCAACGAAAUACCGUCCUUUGGAAGCCUUUCCGGGAUCAGGAAGUGCUCAGUUUUACAACAAUUUUCAAGCUGCACCAGUCGAAACACACCUCGGUAACUUGGAUUACUACAGGGCUGACUCAUUCAACAGAUAUAAUGAGUUUUUUAAAAGAUACUACGACUGGUAUUAUAGAAACGCGUUUAGAGAUGGGUCAAUUGUGAAUGGUUCUCCGAAAGGACCUUACCCUCCCGCAAUCCCUCAGGGUCCGUAUCCUGGUCCUCCUCUCCAGGGACCCGCAUCACCUUCUGGAGGACAGACCCCACAAAGUCCUACAGGAGCGCCAUGGUGGCUUAACGGAGGAUUUGCAGGAUCUCCUCCUGGGCCCAGUUUACCCAGUGCAUCGUCUGGAGGUCCUGUUGGACCAUUUGUAGCCCCGGCGAUACCCCCUCAAGGAUCGCUGCCUAAGAAAGCCCCACUUACAGGAAAAGCGCCAGGAACGGACUCCAUUUCCAACCGAAUUAAUGAAGAUUCAACCUACGAAUCUUCAAAACCUGAUGCAGAGAGUUCUUCAGAAAAAAUGUCGUCUUCUGAGGGAACCACUACGGCCUCUGUUGAGGCAGAUUCCAAAGACAAGGAUUCGACAUCAGAUUCAGUUACCACUCCUGAAACUCCUGCUUCUCAAGAAAAUCAGCCCUCUACGGAGGAGAUUACAUCCCCUUCUUCGGAGGAGAGUUCAUCCCCGUCUUCGGAAGAGAGUUCAUCGUCGUCCUCUGAAGAAAGUUCAUCGGCAGCUACGGAUGAUGGUGCUUCACCAGCUACAGAAUCCUCCUCUUCAGAGGAAACGUCAUCACCUUCUUCAGAAGAGAGCUCAGAUGCAAAAUCACCUUCUGCAGAGGAAUCAUCAUCGCCAUCGUCGGAAACAUCUUCACCUUCAUCCUCAGAGGAAGGUUCGUCUUCAACAUCCUCAGAAGAAUCGUCAUCGUCAUCUUCGGAAGCUUCACCAUCUUCUACAGAAGAGAUGUCAUCCUCUACUGGAGAAAGCACUUCUUCUGAGGACUCUUCUCCAUCGGAAGACAGUUCAUCCACAGCUGUCACAACAACAGAAGCUAGCGGGAAUACUGAGUCCAACACAAUAGAAAGUGGAAGUUAA